AUGGCAAUUCCUUUCGCUGAACAAUAUUUUGUGGAGAAAGAAAGAAAUUUUAAAUACCUUUUUCUCUCAGUGGCAGUAUCCAUCCUACUCCCUAUACUUCAUGGGGUUUUUUUCUUGUGGGUGCCUUGGGUCCUUAGAGGACGUCGAACAGCAGACACCAUCAAAUACAAGCCGUAUUUCACAGUUCUCAAAUACUACGAGACAUUAACAAAGACUUUCAACUACAAAAUGUUUGGAAAAGUUUUCUACUUUCAGCCAAGCUUGUUAUUGGUCGCGGCCUUUCACAUUGGUAUAACCACCAUUUUUGCUAUUUCAGAAACAAAAGAUCUUACUUACGAAACUUGGUAUUACAUUGUUUCCAAGCGUGUAGGAAGAUUAUCGAUUGCACAUGUUCCUAUUACCCUUAUAUUGGUCGCAAAAAACAACAUUGUCUCUGCUGCUUCGGGACUUACUAUUGAUAAAACAGUGUUUCUUCACAAAUGGUAUGGGAGAUCAAUGUUCAUUACUGCCAUCAUCCACAUGUCUUUGUCACUCAAAUACUGGCUUGGGAUAAAAUUUGAGGUUAUGGUUCUGAUUCCGCCUCAAAUUUUUGGCUUCAUUGCCUUUUCUUGUCUCGGAAUGAUGAAUGUCGCUUCUUUAAAGUUUAUCCGUAACAUGGCCUUCGACUUCUUCUUAGCACAGCAUAGGAUCUUCAACUUUAUUAUGCUUUUGCUUGCCUACUUCCACAAUGGUGGAAACCAUGCAGCUGUUAUUUUGGGAGUUCAUCUUUUGGUUGCAGAUCGUAUUGUGGGGAGAGUGAUGGGGAUCAUCCACAAGCGUAGAGGUCCCACAAAAGGGUUGUGUGACUUCGAGAUAUUGGAUGAAUCAACAGUGAGAGUUUCCAUUCCAAUCAAGCCCCGUAAAACAAGCAACAGAUGGUACUGGUUCUUUUUGCCCAGAUACAGAACUUGGAGAGCAGGACAGCAUGUACUAUUCAACUGCAACAAAGUGGCACUUCUCGCGUACCAUCCUUUCACUAUUUCUUCUUUGCCAGAAUCUGGAAAAAUGGUUUUAGUGAUUAAAGUUCAAACAGGUUUCACCAAACAGUUGCAUAAGAAGUUGUGUAAAAUGACCGAGAUCGAGGACCCCGAAUCAAUCGAAGGAUGCACAGGUAUCAACGGACCUUUUGGUGCAAAUUACCAACCACUUACAAAGUUUGAUUCGAUUGUUUUUUUCUCUGCAGGCUCGGGAGCAACUUUUACUUUACCCGUGGCCUUGGACUUGUUACAGACUUUACAACAAAGAGACGAAUCAAUGGACUAUUUAUAUCGCCCUCAAAGCACUCAGAUAAGAAUUGUCAUGGUGGUCAAAAAGUGGGCCAAUCUCCAGUGGUUUGACCAUCUCUGGAGACACUUCAUACCUUUUCUCAGUUCAGGCAGAGCCCAGCUUGUUCUUCACAUUACUCAAGAAGUUGCAAACUUUGGAGAAGAGAAUUAUGAGCGAAACAAGGAGAAAUUAACCAACAUAAGAGAGGCUUCAACAGAGUUUAAUGAUGAAGCCUCUUCUUCCCGGGGCUCGUUCCCAAAUUUGGACACCGGUGGGGUUUCAAUAUUGCAGGGCCGACCUGAUCUUGAGAGCAUCAUCACAUCUUCUGUGGAACGUUUGUGUUCUCCAAGCUAUCGAAAGGCAUUUGCUUGCGUUUCUUGCGGUCCCGAAGCAUUCAAUCAAAACAUCAAGUCGGUUUGUAAUAAAAGCAGAUGGCUCCCCAAAGCGCCUGAUAUUUACUGUUAUGAGGAAUCUUUUGAAUAG